AUGGCCGACUUGACGAUUCGUAACCUGACGGCCAAGCCCCUCUUCCUCAUCAAGGUGGAGAGGUUUGAGACGGAGCGCGAGCAGACGGGCAGCCUGCUGGGCAACAUGACGACGGCCCUGACGAGUAUGAUGAACGCGACCGAGUUCCAGAGCUACAGGGUCAUACCCAAGGGCCAGCCCAUCAAGAAGCACGACGCGGACAUCAAGGUCGACGCCUUUGCGAGCAAGAAGACGGACGUGCGCACGGCCGACGGCGAGCGCGAGGUGAUUCGCCUGACGCUGCGCACCGAGGACGACAGGCGGUACCAGAUCGACGUGCCGCGCCCGGACGCCAAGGCGGGCUCGAUGAAGAGGAUCGGCCAGGGCCACGGCGACCUGGAGCUGACGGGCGUGUACGUGGAGCGCGGUGCCGUGCUCGCCGUGUUCUCGUCCGGCCGGCUGGACAGCUGGAUGGCCAAGCUGCACGACAAGUGGCCGCUGCAGAUCCUGUCCAUCCCCGGCACCCACAACUCGCCCACCUGCUACACCGCCCUGCCCUCGGUCCGCUGCCAGUCCGUUGGCGUGCCCGAGCAGCUGCGCAACGGCGUGCGCUUCCUCGACAUCCGCGUCUCCGUCGAGCCCAACGGCGACCAGCUCACCCUCGUCCACAGCGCCUUCCCCAUCUCUCUCACCGGAGCCAAGUACCUGGACCCCCUACUCGACGACGUCUACCGCUUCCUCGACGAGCACAAGGACGAGACCGUCAUCGUCUCCCUCAAGCGCGAGGGCACCGGCAAGGGCACCGACGAGCAGAUGGGCACCGUCCUCAAGAAGAACCACGUCGACAAGCACCCCAACAAGUGGUGGGUCCGCCCCGGCGUGCCCAACCUCGGCGAUGCCCGCGGCCGCAUCGUCCUCGUCCGCCGCUUCGGCAUCGGCAACGACCUCAAGGCCUGCCACGACGGCAGGGGCUUCGGCAUCGACGCCCAGGCCUGGCCCGACAACUGCGAGGACGGCCGCUGCGGUCCCGCAAUCCGCGUCCAGGACUUUUACGAGGUCUCCGAGACCCAGAAUGUCGAGAAGAAGAUUGACUUCUCCCGCGGCCAGCUCGAGCGCGCAGCUGAGCAGGGCUACAACAUCGACGGCGGCAGCCCGGCCCCUUCCUUCUUCAUCAACUUCCUCACCGCCAGUAACUUCUUCAACGCAAACUGCUGGCCUGAGCGCAUCGCCGCAAAGGUCAACCCCGCCAUCGUCGAGUACCUGUGCGUUAAGCACGGCGCAGAGGGCCAGGGCCCCCGCAAGCUCAAGGUCGGCAGGGCGAGCACCGGUAUUGUCGUCACCGACUGGGUUGGCGCCCAUGGCGACUGGGACCUUGUCCGUUCUGUUGUCGGCAUGAAUGCCCGUCUGCAGCGUCCGAGGGGACAGUAG